AGGACCCCAUUUGAAAGUGCAUACAUCCAAGGCAAAAAUGUUGGAAGUGGACAAGAGUUGGAUAAUUUUGAUUUUCUUAAACUACAGUUGUAGCUCAUGAGCUGUCUUCAACGUUAUUUCUUUACUAGGGAAACAAAGUCGUAGUUUUCGUCGAGGUUGAUAGAUUAUAUGUGAGCAAGAGCGUCGGUUGCUGCGUAUGACACGACAAUGAAUGCUCUUCCUAACCUGCUGUAGCUGCGUCUUUUUUAGAAGGGAUGAAAGUACAGUGUCUCGCGUGGUUGACUGCUGAGGUGCUCCUUUAGUACUAGAAUCUUAAUUUUUCGAAAGAAGCUUACAAUUUUCGGUCACUUCAUGUGACAUAGAAGUUCUACACUUCUUUGACUUGAGAUCUCCAUUACGUCCUUCAAGGUGCGAUUGUUGAUGUAAGAUAUAACCCUAGUAAUUGAUAACAUGACAUCAUGUCUCCGUGAAUGAAGGUGUACUAGUGCGUCAAUUGAGCAGCACCUGAACACUAUGAUAGGCUAUUCUGCGAGUGUGGUCGUUGACCCAGAAGGAAGUCGGGAGGAAGACGCUGCGGACGCCUGUGCUGCCGCGGAAGAUGCAGGCAGUACCAGUUUCCCUGGUUUUGGAAGCGUGGCUGUGUCUACGUCCGGUGCUGUCGCUUCGAGUAUCGCCUCUAACAUGGAUGACGAGACUGCGAACGCACCGAAACCCGUAGCCAAUGGAGCUGUGAAACAGCAGCGAGGACGGCCUUCGAAAAACCCGACUAAUGUGGUUGAAGGUGCUGAAGGCGCUCCAUCUUCAUCUGCUUCUUGCAGCACUGGGGCUGCGGAAUCGUCCGCAGGUCCCGCCAAAGGCACUGGCAAAGCCAUGAAAAUGAGUAGGAUGAUGCGGGCUCCAGGUCCAGGUCCAAGAUCCGGCAGAGGUGCUGCCACGUCUUCUACCGCUUCCUCUGCUCGCAGCAUGAAGGUGCAACCCGCAAAGAAUUCAACAGCAUCAACGACCACCACUUCCAUUUUCACCGCGACUGCCGCUGCAACGUCUACAAACACGGCUCGAGCUGGCACAAGUUGUGGCGCGCCCGCUGAUUUCCCGGAUGCGCACCCCUACCCAAUAUUGCAGUUAUUGGAUUGCAUUUUUCUGCUGCGUGCGGAUGAGAAUCUGGAAGUGCUUCGCCGGGAGAUGUCAGGCGUGAGGAACGUUUUUGUGGAUCGGUACCGGCGCACGCUUGGCCAUUUGGUUCGCGAGCAGUUCGAUUUGAGACUGUUAGAAAUGCCGAGCUCUUCGCAGCCAGCGAAAGAUGAAGAUGUACUCCAUAGAUAUCCUCUAGCAGGACGAUAGAAUAUUCGGCGUACUGUUGCCUGUGCUUCUGCUUUUUUCGUGAAGACUACGGUAUCACUGUAAACACAUUCUCCAUUGGUUUUUUCGAAGGUGUUCAAUGUCCCGAUGAAUUACUUAAGUAGCAAUUUACGCUUCGCAAACAGGUCCCGCGCGUUAUGGAGCUCGUGAUUCAAGACUUAAAGUCGAUCGUCGCUGAGGAGCCAAUUCCGAAGUUUUCGAGUGGGCAACAGUCGUCUUCAAAUAUGGCAUCCUGUGCAGGUAAUAGAAGUCAUGCCUCUGCCCGCGACAACAUGAUCUCGAUAUACGGGCCUGUAAAAGUCGCGAAGCUCGACACCGCCUUGCCCCAGCAAGCAUUUUUUGUUCGCGUGCAGUCGCUAGAGCAUCAGCAUUUAGUCUGGUCGGAUCCUGGCGAUAUUUACCGAGUAUCGUCAAUCACACAAAAUGCUCGGGCCGAUUCUGUAGCUUUGAUUGAUAGCCUGCCAGCGCCACUGGCCGCGGCCGCCAACAAUAAUUAUGUUUGCUGGAGGAACUGGCUCUACAUCUCCAGGCGGGUGUCACUUAUUUGUUGAGAACGAGAAGCCCUCGAACUCGAUCUCUAGCAUCAAUUGAAAAUCACUUGAUUACCAUUAUUUCAAUGACUCGAUCGGGUUUUUGCGCUCCUCCACGCGAAGGUUUUUUCUCGAGAUCGGAUGUUGAACUCUUCUAAUGAGCCGUAGCAGAGGUUGCCGCGGGCGAUCAGCAAAAGCAACAUCGAUUCAAUUCGCUCGGCUUGGAGCCGGUUCAGAGCAUGAGUGCAAUGGUCUCGCGUGUGUCUGGCUUACCUGGUUUUGCUGAGGAAGGCCCCUGCUCAAUGAUACGAGAAUUUGAAUUUCCAAGUCGAGCAAUGUCUACCAAUUCCAUGUGUUGUGGAGGCGAUGAGCACAAGGACCAAACUAGAACAACAGGCGAGAUGGAUACUGAUGCUCAUCAAGGCCAGGCACAACUCGCAGAAGAAGUACUGCAGCAGCCAUCCAUGAACCCAAUGCCACAUCAAAGUUACAACAUGCCUGGCCACGAACAUCUUUGCCUGCAGCGGCCGUUUGUGGCACCCGCCGUGCCAUUGCUCUCAGACGAAGCAGUCCGAGAUCAUGCCCUCCAGAUGCUCGUGGCUGAAAUGUUCGAGCAUGCGCUCACAGCAGAGAUUGCCUUCGAAGUGAUGUAUCUCUUUGUUUGUGACAAAGGCGAAGGCAAAACGAAAGUGAUUCAAGAUACAGCAGCACAGAUGAAUGCAACGACUGCGGAGCCGAUGAAGGUCGAUGAAGAUGUCUCCAUUCCGGCCGCCGAGAUGGAGGUGGAUAAGGUCGAGGAGGAAGUAAAACGAACAAGCAAGCAAGAGCCGGCAACUUCGUCGAGGCGAUCGUCAAAGUUGAGAGUAGUACCACGGCGGUCCGAGAAAAUGAGGGAGGUUUCGAAGAAAGGUUCUCUCGGGACGAAAAGUGCUAAAAGAGGAAACAGCCAAAUCGAUCAUGCUAAAAGAGUGAAGACAGAACCGCUAAACAAGAUGAAAACACGGAGCACAGCAACCACUGCGGCUAGCGCAAAAGUGAAAUGCGCCCCACGCAGUCGAUUUAUUAAAAUGUCAAGCCUCUCUUCAAACUCGAGCUCAAGAGAAUCGGCGGUAGGCGAAAUUACUGCUGUCACAUCUGCGUGUAAACUAUGGGGGCAGCUCUGGCAACGUCCAAUGAGUGUCCCUUCGGAAGAUGCGAGGUCGAAACAAAUGCAAGCGUUAGCGCACAUCCACAAACAGGAUCAAAAAGCUGCCGAAGCUCUUGCGAUUGAAGCAGCUUCCUCAGUACUCACGCUGGAGUCCGCCUCACAACAUGCAUCACGCUGUUUGGCCUGCCUCUGUCCGGCCCGCCGAUUCCUCCCUCUAGACCAGGAGAGCUUCGCGGCUCCGGUAAUUGCGGUCGACUCCGUGCAGGCCUGCUUGGAUUCGGAUUACGGCUUUGAAUAAGUUAUAUGUAAGUAACAAACUUUUAAAGUGCUUAACUUUAGUUCAUUCACUUUCACAGCGUACUUUCUUUUUCGGGUCUGAUGGUACUAUCUCAGGCAAUAUACUUACAUGUUUCUUUGUAAAUGAAAAUCCAUUUUUACCAAGAGUUCUAAUGGACGAGCCAAGUAGCCGAGGUUUGGUUGCAAAAGAAGCUACCGGGUCGUCUUGGACCAAGUUGCAAAGAAGUUCGACCGGAAGACCGGCGUCGGCAUGAGUUUCUCUACGAUCUACUUUCGCGAUGUACUUCCAGGCAGGGGUCAAGUCGCAUCGACGUGGUCGCGCCAGAGAUGGAUAGGCCGCACAAGCAAACGCAAAAACCGAAGCUCAUCAAAAUGGCGAUGAAGGGAAUCAAGUCAAAGAUAACGACACCAACUUGCGGGGUGCGAAAGUCAAUGAAAAAGUCGCCAGGAGUUGCUGGAAAACGAAGCGUAACCAACGCCGCUGUGGAGGCAGCUCCGAGCGAAGACGGCGCGGUGUAUGAUGAGCAGAGUGUGCUGAAUCACGUUUCGGGACCUGUGCGAACUCUGCGUCGGACGCUGUUGCUUUUGAACUUUCACGUGUGCGUACCUUCGGGAGCUGCUUCUCGGUUGAGCUUGGAACCUGUCUCGGCCCCUCGGCAAAAUGCAAUGGGCGAAAAAGGUGCUCGCGCAGUGCCUCUGAUUUCGGACACCGCUUUGGUGCGCCUGAUAUGCGGCCUGCCAUCGAAAAAUUGGCGUUUUCCAGUCAAUCCCAAAGGAAAAGAACUACUUGAGGACGGUGAUCAAGAGGCAGCCUCUGCCGAGGCAGGCACCGACCCGAAAAGGAAGUCCCAAGCUAAAUCUACGAGAGGACCGCGUGUACUAACUGUACAUGACACGGCUACCAAGACCGACCGGCGAAUUAAGAGAGUGCUUCAGGCCGGUCUCUACCUCGUGGAACCUCACUGGCACGCGCCUCCGGAUUGGCGGGAUGCGUCUACUCUUGUGAGCUCGCGUUGGUACUACACUGUGCCGCGUGGUCCUACAACCGGCACGACUCGCCGUCUUAAUGCAUGCUGCGGUGCCGCGGCCGAGGAAAAGGCGCGUAAGCCAUCGAGACAUGCCGAGGAGGGGACGGACCACGAUGCUUUCAUGGGUGAAGCUCUCGGAACAUCAAGCGAGAAAAAGCCUUUCUUGCCACAUGCUGGGCCCGCGAAACGGCUUGGUGACUGGCUUGUGGGUAAGUGUCAAGAGCCUUCACUGACGAAGUACAGUAACAUCUGGCGGCAUCUUCCCCUUUUGGGGCGACGCCAAUGGAACGCAGAGGCUCGCGAACACUUGGAAGGAGCGGGCUCAACUCGGCGUCUGCCUCUAGCAAAGCAGCAUGCGGCAGGUCACCACUCUUCAUCAGUCUCGUUGCUCAAGGAGGUGCAGGCGGCAGUUCAUGCAGAACUCUGCCGAAAAUCAGCGUGCGAGCACGUCAUGCUGUUACCCUUGCCUCUUAUUUCGGACUUGGAUCUGCACUUUGCAGGCUUACAACAUCGGCCACAGGAUCUUGUAUGGUCGGCUGCAGCUGCGGCUGGACAGGCUGGAGAGCGGCAGACGAAAGGGGAAAUGCUAAGCCCCGACGAGCAGAAAAAUCUCACAGCGCUUCCCCUGCUUGAAGGGGUGCCCCAGCACACGACCGACGGACUGAUUCUGCGCGACGAAACGCGAAGGGUCGAGGCCAUUGUAGAAAAGCACGGCUUGGCAGCCUUUCGCGUAGGAACGGACUCCACACGGUCGCCAGUUUCUGCACUCACGAAAUCCACCAUAAUAGACACCUUGACUUCAAGUCCUGGAAAAGCCUGCAGAUCCGAUGUGAGCUUCUUCCAUGACAGUCCGCCUUUCCGCGUGGAUAUGACGGACGACAACAGUACGGCGGAGAAACAAACCAAGCAGCUUGUCGUGAACAACUCAACAUUUCCAACAUUGUUAGUUUCAGGGAGCAAUGCUCAAAAAAAUGUGUCACUUUUUGCCAGGAAGGGUCCGCAAGCAUCGCUGGCGCACCAAAGCACCUUUCCGCCGGUGGGUGGUAAAAAAUGCGAGAUUGACGUGGAGGCCCUGAUAGGUAUCUUUCCUAAGGUGAGAGCCGAGGUUCUCCUACGUGUGCAGCACCGGUUGGUGUACCAGAAACUCUUUGCGCGGCUUCUUAGUCGGCGAUUCUCCCUGGAAGAGGUGGAGCCUCUUGUGUUCUUCGUGAAAAUAGCGGGGAGCCUCGAGCGUGCUCGAACACUGUUGCUUGACCACCUGUUGGAUGAUAUUUUUGCAGAUGAAGAUGCGCCCGACAGCAGUUCUGCUGUGGGGCAGCAUGAUGAUGUUCCAUUUGAGGACCCUUCCGUAACACCGGCGAUCGUACACUUCGAAGACGUUUUUCCAGGCGAAAACACGGACCACGACAUUAAUACCAGCCGACUUUCCACAGGUGGCAACCGGGACUCAGCGGUCGAAAACUUGACUUGUUAUGCGGAUCACGAUGACGAUGGCGUUGGUUGUUUUUCAGCAGUUCCUACAUCAUCCUGUGCUCCUAAUAGCACGGGCACACCUAAGCUGAAGAGUGGACCGAAGAGUCGUACGCGACCAGAAAAACUUCGCAGACGCCUCCACCUCGCUAGUACGGUCGCUCUUUGGAGUUUUGCGCGUGAAAGAGCAAAGUUGUCGGGUUUGGAUCCUUCGCUCGAUUACAUACUGCAGCAAAGCAAGACGGGCGAGAGUGGCGCAGAUGCCGCGAUGGCUCCUCCUCAGGGCCACAGCCCAUCUUUAGCAGAUGCAGGUGCGUGCAAUGAAAGGAUAGAGUACUUUGUCCUUCGUGAUCGGCAGAAAAGCAAGUCUAAGAGGGAAAGUGCUUCACUUGCACCUGCUGAGAAAGGCGCGGGCGAAUUGGCCGUCAGCCCGGGGGAAACUGCUUCCGCUGUCAACCCGGUCCCGCAAGACGUCUUCGUAUUAAAAGAGGUGCGCUUGCGUAGCGCGAUAGGGAUUAUAAAGCCGCCCGUUGUCACUUUUACCGACUUGCAACCGCUUCCAAAUAAGAAGAGUGCAGUCAAAAGUGGAGCGAAAGGAGCGCCUGAACAGAGUAUUGUCACCGCAGCAUCAGCAAAGAGCUCUUACUCGCAUUGUAAAGUUUGCCUGGAAAGGCCUUUGGCAGCGCUCUCUGCAUCGCCGGAGUUUUACUUGUCUGACUUCGCAGAUGAUCUACUGUCGCAUCCACUGCGCGCAACCGCGCGUCUGCGAAUCUUUGUUUUGCUAACGCAUUUGAUUCGCCUAGCUGAGCGGCGGGCCUUAGCAGGUGGUGCAGUAUCCGCAAACACAGUUGAGAUCGCAUUUCGCGCACAGAUGGUUCCCAAGAGCGGUGGGACGUCGGUGAAAGAACUCUUCGCCGCGGCUCUGUGUGACCUUGAGCAUGUUGCGACAGUGUCUCCAUCUCUUCUGUGGUACCGCGGCGACGAGCUUGCAUGCGAAAAGGCAAGCGAGGAGAACCCAUUUUCUAUGGACAAGGCGGUCGCUGCGCGGGAAAACACGAAUAAGGUGAGACCACCGCGGCUGUCCUCUGGCAACACCAGGAAAGCACCCUUCGGCUUUUCGUCUUCUAGUAAAGGUUCUUUUAGCAGGGAGCCCAGAAUUCACGGAGGCUGCACUCCAGCUGGUGGUCGGCCACAAGUGGAUGCGUCGCGGCUUAGUCGAUAUCAGAUCCAUGUGAACCGUCUUGCGAUGGAGUCGGGAGCGGGCUUUGAGGACGAUGGGGCUUUCGAUGAUAGUGUUAAGGAUCUAUCUAAGUACUUGAAUUUGGCUGAUCAAGACUAAGAUACUAUUUUCGUGCAGUUCAAUCGUGUCCACCUCGAUCUGAAGUAAGAUGCGACCGGAAGAGUCUGACGAAAAUAAGAGGUAAGAGACUCGGUAUGUUCCAUAUCUCGAUCUCUAAUAAGCUUUUGCGAAUUCCCGCUGCGAUGGUUCCUGCGUGGCAGAGGCUGCUCAAUGCGUUCUCAGAGUCCACUAAUUUCCAAGAUGACACGGUGCGGCAACUUUCUUAUGGUGAUGUAGACAACACCAAGAAGAAGGCGCAGGAUCAUUUUGAGGACAUGGGGCAAGCUUGCGAAGAGCAAAAAGUGCAAGGCAUAUAUGGAACUAACGUGUCAUCUUCGUCCUCUUGCGCGAUGACCUCCGACACGAACGCCGUCCUUAGUACCGCACUUCAAAAUUUCUUGGCUGCUUCAAGUGAUUUUCUUCAAACGACGAUUAUGUCGACCUCCUGUGAUGGCGGUACGACGUCAUCGAGCGGAGAGAAAAAGGACCGAGUGAAGAAGCCCUCCGAGGAUGCGGCGAAUCUCGCAGGAAACGUAGACAUGCGAAUUGAGGCUCUGGUUAAACAGGCGCUCAUGGAUGUUAUAAAUGAUCCGUUCUUGGUAGGAGAGUUGUCAAACUUCAAACUUAAGGCGAAACUUCGAUAACUUUUCUUGAUUUGGUACUGAAGUCCAAGUAAGCUGAACAAGAACAAUACGUGAAUACGAAGUGAAAGAACUCAUGAGUUGGUCAACAUUUCAUCGCGGCCUACAUCAGUACCAUGUAUGAGCAUGAGACUAACUUCUAAUACCAUUGCGAAAAGGGUGAACGAAACGCAGAAAAAGAAGCGGUACGUGAUGUCAUUCGGCCCUAGGCUAGGAUCGUCAGCCUCAGCUCCGGCCAAACUGGAAUCAUUCAGUUUGCGAUGGGAAUCGUCUAGAGGUGUCACUGUCUCGGGAUCACCUCCGAACACUGCACGGUGUCAACGUGGUAGUGGUCUAGACGAAGUAGUAGCAAAAAGUACAAACGAGGUCCAUGCAGGAGGAGGAGGAGCAGCUUGUUUCAGUAGAGGGGGGAGCAGUAAUGUGAAUGUGAAAAAAGCGCAAGGUGGGAGCACGGCAGGAAAGCGCCCAAUGAAGGGCCAAAAUGCCAAACCGAGCAAAAGAAAAAAGAAGCAGACCCGUGUGGAGGAAGAUGCAGAAGACGACCUCCUCGGAGACAAAUAA